AUGUUACCGCGGGAUACGUGUGGAUCAUUUCUCUCUCUUCACACAUGCCGCAGUGCCCCUCGCGGCAGCAGUUGUGUGAGUAGCGCCAAUCAUCCACAUAACUCCAAUAACGCCCAUGUGAAUAGUAACAACAGUGUGACGGCGGAGUUAUUAAAUGCCUUUACACACGCAGAGGAACGAGUGAUGGCCGCCUGGACACGUGUUGGACUUUCAUCUGUAGAUCGUGAAUGUAAAUGGGCCGGAUUUGUAGAAGGACGUCUCUGGCCAUUUCUAAUGGAUUACGUGCGAUUGCAGGAGGCGGAGGAAAUGUCUCUGGCCGCUGAGAAUGAUCGACUCUUUCGUGAAAUGUUCUUCACAUCUCUGCGGCUGAAGGAACCCCCGCAGGCAAAAGCCUUCGCACAGUUGGUGGAGGCCAUAAUGGAGCAAACCUCAGAAAACACAUACCACUCCACUACUACUACUAACACUAUUAAUAUGAACACUAUGAAUACUAUGAAUAUGAAUGGAUGGGAAGCUGAGUGGAUAGACACAGUGCCUGCCCAACAACAAGAAGGAAUAACAACAACAACUACUACUACUAAUACUACUACUACUAAUACUACUAUUGGCUCUGAUGGCUGCAGCAGUGAACUCACAGGGUCUAUGGUGUUACCAUCCUUUGUCACUGUCGCAACGGCACUGGCAGGAAGAGGCGAAGAGCGCAAUUCUCUCGUUGUACACAUACGUGAGGCCUGCGAUUCCCAACAACAACAACAAGAGAAAGAAAAAGAAAAAGGAACACAAGAGCCGAGUAGCAGAAGUCCAUCCUUAUCGGCCGCACAAGAUAUAAUGACACCACAAGAUCGAGCCUGGGCGGCGAUGUGGCAAUUGGCACGAAAUAUGACCCAUCAAGAAGUUCGACGUAAUUUGGAAAGUGAACUACAACGCAUGAAUGCCCUUGCAGAUGCGAGAUUAGAACAACUUUCUCUUUUAUAUAAACAACGUGCAUUAUUACAACUUCCCCCUGAACAACAAACACUUCUACGGAGUCGAUAUGCAGAAAAACUUCUCUCUGGAGAAUUUCAUAAACCACCAUUGCAUGAUCACAAUAAUGAACAGAAACAACAACCACCACUACAAAUAUUGUCAGUGCCGCAUGUCUCUUCUUCUUCUUUAUCGGCAUCCAGCAGCACAUGUAAUGGAACUGCAGUGUGUCCAACACCGGGACCUUCCUCUGCUCGCACAACAACAGUUACUUGCCAUACAUGUAUUUCCAAUACAAAGGAUGAACUGGAUCUUCUCUCUGAUUCUAUUCCAGAACAACUCCGUCUGGAGAAUGAUGUAAUUACCCUGCGUAGUAGCCAUCAAGGCGAUUUCUCUCUUCUCAUGCCUCAGCCGGAAGAAGUUGAAGGACGAAAGACUAUCUUUGAAGUGGAUUUGGGAGAUGUCACUCGAUUUGGAAGACGGCAGGAUUUAUCACUUGCCCGUAUAGACGCCGAGACUCAAAAUAUCUACGCUGAUAUUAUUGCCCAGAACUCACGAAUGGAGUCUCAGGCGGAUGCGGAAUUGCAAUCGAUGGAGGAACUUUGGACUCUUUUUGAACAAACCAGUAAAGAGAAGACCUCGGAAGAAACAGAAAGAGAAAAAGAAGAAGAACAACAAGAAAGGAUGGAUGAUAACAGUAAUUCUGAAGAAAAAGAAGAAAUACUUUCACGUUCACAUUUCAUGCAUCGACUAACAUUAUUACGUCAAGAGUAUGAACUCUCUGUAGAUACGGCGGGAGUGGAGGGAAGUUUGACUGCUGCUGCUGCUGCUGCUGAGGUGUUCUCUCAAAGUGGCGGCAGUUCUCACAGUAAUGUUAAUUCUAGACGAGCCACGUGCAGUUCAAAGUCUCACCGAUCAACAAAUUCACUUAUCUUUCCUAUAGAAGGACAUGCCAAUAAUAAUAAUAAUAAUAAUAAUAAUAAUAAUAAUGCGGGUUGUAGUUGUGGUAGUAAUAAUAAUAAUAAUACGAAUAGUAGUAUGCCAACUCCAUUACCAGCACCUCUUGUAAGACUCUUUACGGUUCGAUCCUUUGCGCCUAUUCUUGCUUAUAUUAUUUCUGUUCGAGAGAAACUGCAACGAUUUUUACUUCAGCGUCAUGUAGAGAUUGGUCAAGAUAUCACACGGGAAUUAACAGAAAUGUAUCGUUGUUAUUAUGAAAAGACCCGAGAUGCGGCUUAUUAUGUGGCACCUGAUUAUUCACGAUGGUUACAAGAAAGUGCUCAUGUAAACAUCUCUCACACGAUAUCAACAACAUCAACAUCAUCAUCAUCUACUCUUCUCGCAAACCGAAUCACCACUGAAGGAAAGAAGAAGAAUGAAGAAGAAGAAGAAACGGGCGCAUGGGAACAAUUCUUAAAUGGAUUUACACCCCGUACAGAUAAUGAUGUCCUGCGAGAACGAAUUGCGGAGGUUCAAACUGUAGUCAAUCGGGCCAAAGCCGAAUUGGAGAUGCUCCGUCAUCGUAUGCAGAUUCUCAGUGAGGUGGAACCAUUACUAAGAAGAAGAUCAGAGAUAUUUGAACAACAACGUGCUAUUCAAGAAGGAAGCCGUGAACGACUGUUAAGUAAAAAGAUUAACAUGGCCAAACAACUUCUCUUUGAGGAGAAUGCACGUCGACAGUUUUCACGGGAAUUACCAAAAAUACAUGAACAAAUGGAAGAACUUUUACGUCAAUGGAAUGAAACUGUUACAAUUGAAAAUAGUGAUACAUAUGGAUUCCACCAUAAUAAUAAUAAUAAUAAUAAUAAUAAUAAUAAUAAUAAUAAUAAUAAUAAUAAUAACAGCAGCAGUAGACGGUUAGUAGUCUAUGGUAUUGAUAUUGCCGAUGUUGUUCGACAAUUCCAUGAAGAAAAGAUGCGAACGGCUCCCACCGCCCGGGCGACUUUCACACGCGGCGGCAGUAGCAGCAGUCGCUCUCCGCCCCCAACUUCUUCUUCUUCAUCUAAACAAAAUGUUGGCUUCACCACACCGCAGCGAACCCCAUUAAUGACAAAUGUGAACAGUCAACACCGUUUAGCCGCAUCUUCACUCUCUCCCAUGCCGCGGAGUAUUACGAGUGGAACGCCUGUGCGAACAAAAACACAAAGUGCAAAGAAGAGUACAAGUCCUGUUGUGGUGAAGCGAACACCCAAUAAACUGAAGGGACAACGAGAAGAACGGGUAGUAAGUCCAACACCAAUAGUGAAUGAUUUCUUACGGUGUAAACCCCAAUCGGUACCUUCGCGGUAUGGAUUGCCUCCUACGGGGAAGAAAUAA